UAAGUAAUCUUACUUUUUACUUUAUUAGCCAAUAUGAUUGUGUUCGUCUAAAUUUUUCACUUUAACAAAGAAUGUUAAAAAGUUAAGUAAACUCAAAACAAAUAUUGGUACCUAAUUUCAAAAUCAGAAUUUGUGCCUUUCACUUUUGAAAAAAAAUAAAAAUGAUUAAUGAAGAGAACAAGGAAUUAGCUCAUCGGCAACAUGUGAAAUACUUUAUGAGAUUUCUUAAUAUCCUACCAUCCUCGUUGUCUUCGCAUGAUUCAACCAGGGUAACAAUAGCAUAUUUUUCUGUUGCUGGUCUGGAUGUGUUAGGAUCAAUUACAUCAAUAUCUAUUGAACUAAGGUCCAGAAUUAUUGACUGGCUUUACUUAUUACAAGUACAACCUCGUAAAUCAGAUGGUGACAUGUCGACAUGUGGCUUCCAAGGCUCUUCAACUAUAAACAUAGAGCUUGACAAUGCAAACAGUCACUACCGAUGUGGACAUCUAGCUAUGACGUAUACUGCUUUGUGUACUUUACUCGCAUUGGGGGAUGAUCUGUCGAGGGUUAAUAGGAAAGCUAUCAUUAAUGGUGUAAAGGCGCUACAGACGGAAGAAGGCAACUUCUCUGCGACUCUCUCCGGCUGUGAAUCUGACAUGCGCUUUGUCUACUGUGCGGCUUGCAUCAGCUACAUUCUAAAUGACUGGUCUGGUUUCAAUGUAGAGAAAGCCACAGACUAUAUUAUUAAAAGUAUGGGCUAUGAUUAUGGGAUAGCACAAUGUCCUGAAUUAGAAUCCCAUGGGGGUACAACAUAUUGUGCUCUCGCAACCUUAAGUCUCACCAAUCGUUUGGACCAACUCUCAGAAUAUCAACUUGACAGUCUCCGGAGAUGGCUUGUGUUCAGACAAGUCGAUGGAUUCCAAGGCAGACCUAACAAACCAGUCGACACAUGCUACAGUUUUUGGGUAGGUGCUUCAUUGAAAAUGUUAGAUAUGUUACAUUUGACAAAUUAUAAUAGUAAUAAAAGAUAUGUUUAUGAGACUCAGGAUUAUGUUGUUGGUGGUUUUUCAAAAUGGCCGGACACUUGUACUGAUCCAAUGCAUACAUACUUAGGUUUGGCUGGAUUAAGUUUAAUCGGGGAAAGUGGUUUGUUAGAAAUUGUACCCACUUUAAAUAUUACCAGGAGAGCAUAUGAUCAUUUAAAAAGUUUACAUCAAAAGUGGGCUAGCGAAUUGUAAGUUGACAUAUCAAUUUUAGUGACUUUUUAAUUGUUUUUUUUUUAAGUAAUUUAAUCAGCCGAUUGUAUACUAGUUAAUAUGCGAGUACAA